CCAUGAUGGAGGAGAUAGACCGAUUCCAGGACCCCGCAGCAUCCGCCAUUUCUGAUGGAGACUGUGAUAUCAGAGAGGGAGAGAGCGUGUCCAUGAACUACAAACCUUCCCCGCUGCAGGUGAAAUUAGAGAAGCAGCGGGAGAUGGCCAGGAAGGGCUCGCUGAAGAACGGAAACGUCGGGAGCCCAGUGAAUCAACAGCCCAAGAAGAACAAUGUCAUGGCCAGAACAAGACUGGUCGUCCCGAGCAAAGGAUACUCCUCUCUAGACCAGAGCCCGGACGAGAAACCCCUUGUAGCCCUGGACACAGACAGUGACGAUGACUUUGACAUGUCCAGGUAUUCGUCCUCAGGUUACUCAUCAGCUGAGCAGAUCAACCAAGACUUGAAUAUCCAGCUCCUGAAGGACGGUUACCGAUUAGAUGAGAUUCCAGAUGAUGAAGAUCUGGACCUUAUACCCCCCAAGUCUGACCCCACCUGUAUGUGCUGCCAAGCCACCUCCUCCAUCGCCUGCCAUAUCCAGUAA